CCCGGGGGCUCUUAACAUUACUUCAAGAGGCACCCGAAAGUAGGCAAUGCGGCCCUCGACAAGGCCGGGAAGAAGCUUAUCGAGAAACCGGAGGGUUCUGAUAAGGUGAUUGCUAUCAAGGCGGCGGCAGCGCCUGAGGAGCUAUAUCUGUUGGGCUUCCGGCGUUAUCGUCUACCGGAAGAUAAGGAUGAGAAGUACCCGGUGAUUGCCCGCGGAUAUCAGAACGCCGGAGGUGAUAUUAUGGACGUUCAGGCCUUCGCCCGUCUUUCUAAAAAGCUGGCCAAGGUGCCAAGGAAGAAGAAGGAGGAGGGGUCCUCGGCGAGCCAGCCUCUUGUCGAUGAAGUUUUGAAGAAAGCCGGGGCUCCCAAGACUCCUGAGGGGGAGGGGGUGUCCCGGGAGAUUGUUGCUGCAGACGCCAGUGCCGUCGCCGGGGGCUCCCAAGCUGGGGAGCUCAAAAGAAAAAAUGUCGGGAAGGGCGUCAUGCCCCCGGAGAAUAAGAAGAAGAAGAGGGGUGAGGGGGGCAAGGAUGCCCCCUUAGUGAUCAUCGAUGAACCCCCCACUUUCCAUCCUUCUGAGUCCACCCCCCUCGAGGACUUUGACGAGGGCACCUGGCCCCGGGAAACAGUGCAGUUCUCCUUUAAGAAGGGGACUGCUAUCAUGCACGGCACCCUCGAUCCGAGGGAGUUUCUGAGGGGUGCCACCACUCCGCUAGACCGGUCCACCCUCGGCCGGUUUGAUGAUGAA